GCAGGCGCAACGAAUGCGCAUCUCGCGGACGAUAUACAAUCGUAGCGGUUUUACGAGAAAAUUGUGCGCUAAACUGUGUAGUGAUUUUGGAAAAGUAAUCGAUAUUAAGAUAAAUGCAAGAUGGUGGUGGGAGCCAAAAAGACGUUACAACAGGUGCCGAGCAAGGGCCGAAUCUCCAUCAUGAAGAUACAGAACUUUACCGUUCAAAAGAAACAGUCUGUGGUCAAAGUAGUGUAUGGUACACUGCUGGCAAUAUUAGCACUUGUAUCCGUUGUCAUCGAUCCAGUUAAGAUUUUUACAAAUUGGUACUUGGACAUACAAGAAGGCAAGUUCAUCUUUAAGAUGUGGGAGAAUCCGACGUACCAGCUGUUCUCUGAGGUCUACGUGUUCAACUACACCAAUGUUGACCAGUACCUCAAGGGAAGUAACAAGACAUUGAAGCUCCAAGAAAUCGGACCAUUUAGAUUUCAAGAGUUCCGUACCAAUAGAAAUCUGACGGUAGACCGGGAGGCCGGCGUGAUGCGCAUGCGGCCAAACAUCGACCUACAGUUUCUGCAGGAGGAGUCCAUAGCGCACUACAAGGAUGUGCACGUCACUAUGCCUAACAUCGCAUUAAUUGCCAUCAGCACAUUAAUGGCAGACCGACUGGGGUACUUUGCCAACGCAGGAGCUUACUACUCGAUUUCAGCGCUCGGAUCUACUCUCUUCAGGAACAUGACUGCUGAGGAACUUCUCUGGGGUUAUUCGGAUCCAAUCGUAUCCAUCGCUAAUAAACUACUUCCGGGAUGGAUUGAUUUUGAGAAGAUAGGAAUCCUAGAUCGGUUCUACGUGAAACGCCCGGAUACAGCUGAAGUGGAAAUCGGUGAUGAAUCGAGGAAAUUCUCUUUAAACUCCUGGAACGAAUCUCCAGGACUUAUUGAACAAGGAUAUACUAAUCCGAACACCAGUAUACCGUGUAACCGUAUUAAGGGAUCCUAUGAGGGUCUCAUGCUGCCCCCCAUGAUAUCAAAAGACGUCGUGAUACCUAUAUUCAGGAAGCAGGCUUGCAGGAUAUAUCCAUUUUCUUUUGUGGAUGAGAUGAAAGGAGAAUAUGGAUUCAAUUUUUACAGAUUCCAGCUCCAAGAGUCCGCUUUCAAUAAAACUUCAGAAUACGCUUGCAAAUGUACUAAGAACUGUCUACCUGACGGUUUCGUUGACGUCAGCAAUUGUUACUACGGUUUCCCCAUAGCCUUAUCAAAGCCUCACUAUGUGGACGUGGACGCCCAGCAACAAACGUACUUCGAAGGAAUGAAUCCUGAACCUGAAAAAUAUUAUUCACAACUUGAUGUUGAACCGACUAUCGGAGUACCGCUAGCCCUUUCUAUUAAUGUACAAAUUAACGUCGCAGUCCGGACGUCUCCGGGGAACCCAAUCACUAAACCAGUGAAAGACAAAGUCCUGCCAAUUAUGAGGAUAUCAUUGUAUUGUAAAGAAGCACCUAAUGAAGUAAUACAAUUGCUGAGACUUCGUUUCGUCAUCGCCCCACCUGUCGUCUUAACUGUACAAAUCCUGCUCUUCAUCAUUGGUACAUUCUUUGCAAUCCAGGGCGCAUACAGAAUGUGGAAACCGACGUAUAAAAUAAUUCAGCAACAAGAGAAGCCUAAAGUGAGAAGGAAGAGUUCUGAAAGAAGGAGGAGUAGUAUUAUUCUUAAUAUGUCUGAUAAUUCUGCUUUCAAAGAUGAUGAUGAUUUAGCCAAAGAAGCAGUAUCACUGUUAGCUAUUACUGAAGAAGAUGGAGAUUUGCCGGACUUGCUUGCCGAUUCCUGAAUAAAAGAGUAGCUAUAAGAUAACUUUAGAAGACAACAGAGAAGACAGGCGUGAAGCGCAUGCCUGCGUUUAACCAGAGAUCGAUUCUUAGUUCUUCUUGGAAAUGAUGGGAAAGAUCAGGGAGAGGUACACCUAUUAAUAGGCAAAAGAAAAUGUAUUUUCUUCAGUUUAUACUGUCCUGUACCAAGAAAAAAAAUCAACAUAUUCACUACAAGUUAUAUUGUGGAAUAUAUGUGUAACAGUAAUUUAACUUGAGACAUGCUUACUCUUUAGAUUUCUGUUUAUAGCAGAUUUUAC